AGUGUUUAUUAGUGUGUAAUACACGUCGUUCUUCUUCGACAAAUAAUGGAUUACCCAGCAUCUGGUUUGAAGCAUGAAGAACCAACCGUACGAAGCUGUUAUGGUCAAAACGACGCACGAUGUCUUGGAUCUCAAAAAAGGCUCGAGGUAUGGUCAUAUAAAAGACUCAACUGAUUAUUAAAGGCUGAUAUUUUGUACAUCAAACUGGGGGACCAAGACUGCUUAAUGUCGGAUUACAAAGCCCAGGCUGGGUUGCGCUUGCACAGAUGGCGAACACAAGUGAUCCAGGGGAAAGCAACCCCUCGCUCCAGAAUUAUGCCAUCACUGCGUCUGCGGUCAAACUGGCGUCUUUGGGUCUCAUCACCUGCAUCAGCCUGCUCGGAAAUACUGUGCUCUCGGUGCUGGUGCUGAAAGACAGCUCUCUCCACAAGGCUCCGUAUUACUUUCUCCUCGACCUGUGCGUGGCAGACAUCAUCCGCUCGGCCGUGUGCUUCCCGUUCGUGAUGAUCUCCAUCAACAGCGGCUCCGUAUGGAGCUACGGCAUCAUCAGCUGCAAGAUCAUCGCGUUCAUGGCCGUCUUGUUCUGCUUCCAUAUUGCCUUCCUCCUGUUCUGCGUCAGCGUAACGCGCUACAUGGCCAUCGCGCACCACCGGUUCUACUCCAAACGCAUGACGCUUUGGACAUGCGUCGCGGUCAUAUGUAUGGUGUGGACGCUCUCGGUCGCCAUGGCGUUUCCCCCGGUCUUCGACGUCGGGACCUACAAAUUUAUCCGCGAGGAAGAGCAAUGCAUAUUCGAGCACAGAUACGUGAAAGCCAACGACACGCUAGGCUUCAUGCUCAUGCUGGCCGUGAUUGUGGCCACGACGCACGUCGUGUAUGUCAAAAUGCUGUGCUUUGUUUACGACCACCGCAAAAUGAAGCCCGCGCAGCUGGUCCCGGCUAUCAGCCAAAACUGGACCUUCCACGGACCGGGCGCGACGGGCCAGGCCGCUGCCAACUGGAUCGCGGGGUUUGGACGCGGUCCGACGCCGCCGACGUUAGUGGGCAUCAGACAGGCGUCACACAACGCCAGCCGGAGGCUGCUCGUGCUGGACGAGUUCAAGAUGGAGAAACGGAUAGGGAAGAUGUAUUACAUGAUCACGCUGGCGUUUCUGCUGUUCUGGGCGCCCUACAUCGUCUCGUGCUACAUCCGGGUGUUUGUGAAGGGAAACACUCUUCCUCAGGUGUACCUGACCGCGGGCGUGUGGCUGACGUUUGCCCAGGCGGGGGCCAAUCCCAUCAUAUGUUUCAUAUUCAAUAAGGAGCUGAAGAUGAGAUUCAGAGCCUGUUUGCCGUGUUGCCUGACUACACAAACACCCAUGGAGCCCUACUGCGUGAUUUGAAGUGUUUUGCUCACUUGUUUUCACCUGCUCUUCCUGCUUGUCAUAGCAUACAGUGGCCCCAAAAAGUAAAGAGACCUGGGAGUGUUCAAACGUAUCUUAUAUUUGUCUGCUUCAAAAUAAAGCCAUUUAUAAUUCGGUUUACU